AUGGGAUCUGGCAGGCAGCAGGACACUGAGAUGGGAUCUGGCGGGCAGCAGGACACUGAGAUGGGAUCUGGCGGGCAGCAGGAGACUCAGAUGGGAUCUGGUGGGCGGGAGGAGACUCAUAUGGGAUCUGGUGGGCGGCAGGAGACUGAGGUGGGAUCUGGCGGGCGGCAGGAGACUGAGGUGGGAUCUGGCGGGCGGCAGGAGACUGAGGUGGGAUCUGGCGGGCGGCAGGACACUGAGAUGGGACCUUGCGAGCAGCAGGAAGCACCCUGGAAGAUUGCUUCCUUCUACCAACCUGGAGAUGUCCUCAUUGGGGGACUGUUUGUCAUCCACUCAGGAUAUGACUUCCCAGAGCUGACUUUUCAAGAUGUGCCGCAGCCUCCUUCCUGUAAGGGGUUCCACGUACGCUACUACAGAGAUGUUCUUGGUUUGAUGUUCGCGAUAGAUGAAAUUAACAAGUCUCGGGAGCUGUUGCCCAAUAUCACCCUGGGGUUCAGUCUUUUUGACUCAUGUAUGUCUGAGCUCCGAGCCAUCUGGGGAGCCCUGUCCUUGGUGUCAGGGACUGGAAGCCCCGUUCCUCGAUACAACUGCCACAAGUCCUCAGAUAUGAUCGGACUCAUUGGAGAAACCAUGUCGGCAUUAUCUCUUCCUAUAGCAAGGGUCCUUGGCGUCCUUCAUUACCCCCAGAUCAGUCACAGUGCAUCCUCAUCAUCACUGAGUGACAAGGUGAACUUCCCAUCAUUCCUCCGUACAGUGUCCACCAAUAUGUUCCAGAACAUCGCCCUCAGCAAGAUCAUUAACGUGUUUGGGUGGACUUGGGUGGGGAUGCUGGUUGUGGACAAUGAUGUUGGAGAGCAGGGAGGACAAGCAAUUCGGAACGAGUUAGAGAAGAGUGGGAGUUGUGUGGCCUUCAUAGAGAAGAUCCAUUUGAGCUACUCCAUGAGACAGAUUCAGAGAGUGGUGGCUGUCAUUAAAGAAAGUUCAGUUAGCGUGAUUGUCCUUCAUAGCCCAGAGGCUCAUGUGAAAGCACUUCUAGAUACGAUGUACAAUGAAAAAGUGAUUGGGAAGAUCUUCAUCUCGUCUGCCUCCUUUACUAUGACACCUGGGCUCUUCUCCAAGAAGGCCUGGAGGGUAUUAAAUGGAACCAUUGGUCUAAUGCCCAGCACGGGAUCCAUGUCAGGAUUUCAGGAGUUUCUCCAACACCUGCAACCAUCUGGGGACACCAAAUACCCUUUCAUCCAGAUGUUUUGGGAAAUUUCUUUUAACUGCACCUGGCCAAUUGGGAAAAACGACACCGUUCCAGGGAUGGCUAUGUCCUGUUCAGGGAAAGAGGAUGUGAAGGAGCUGAUCCACUCCUUAUUUGAGAUAAAUGACCUGAGUUACACAUACCAUGCCUAUCUGGCAGUCUAUGCCUAUGCCCACACUCUCCAUGUCCUGCUUACAUGCCAAUCAGAAGGAGGAUACCACGUAUGCACCAAUGUCAGCAGCAUCCGCCCUUGGAAGGUUCUUCAGUAUCUGAAGAAAACAAAGUUUCGAGCCAAGGACGGACCAUGGGUCAACUUUGAUUCCAACGGGGACCUCUCUAGCUCUUAUGACAUCAUGACUAUCCAAGUUCUGGAUGGAAACUUCCAGUUAGUGAAAGUGGGAACCUUUAACCCCAGGACAUCACAAGAUAACUGGGUCAUUCUUAACACCAGUUCCAUAAUAUGGAAUGAGAACUUUUCUAAUGUUCCACGCUCCGUAUGUAGCGACAGCUGCCAACCAGGCUACCGCAGACUCAUUCGACGUGGCCAGCCCGUGUGCUGCUUCAACUGCGUGUCCUGUUCGGCAGGAGAGAUCUCAAACACGACAGAUGCCGCUGAAUGCAUGAGAUGUCCCACUGACCAGUGGUCCAAUGAAGAACGGGAUCAAUGUGUUCCAAAGGUUGUCGAGUUCUUGUCAUACCAAGAGCCGCUGGGAUACAUACUGGUGUCGAACAUCAUCAUCUUUUCCAUUAUUACUUUUUCCAUCUUAUUGCUCUUCAUCAGGUACAAGGAAACCCCGAUAGUUAAAGCCACCAAUAGGGAGCUGAGCUAUGUCCUCCUGGUGUCUCUCAUGUUCUGCUUCCUCUGUUGCCUACUGUUCAUUGGUCGUCCAUCCACUUUUUCAUGUCUCCUGCGACAAAUCUGCUUCAGUAUUGUGUUCUCCAUCAGCAUCUCCUCCGUUCUGGCUAAGACUAUCAUGGUGAUACUUGCAUUUAAAGCCACCAACCCAAACAGCCCCUUGAGGAAAUGGUUAGGACCAAAGAUACCCCGUAACGUGGUAGGACUUUGCUCUGUGAUGCAGAGUGGAAUUUGCUCAGCUUGGCUUCUCGUGUCUCCUCCGUUUCCGAGGAUGAACACAGAGUCUGUAAGCCAUAAAGUGAUAUUUGAAUGUGAUGAAGGUCAAAAUAUCUUCUUUUACAUGGCAAUGGGCUUCAUGGGUCUCCUAGCAAUGGUCAGCUUCGUGGUCGCCUUCCUGGCGCGAAACCUGCCUGGUAACUUCAACGAGGCCAAGCUCAUCACAUUCAGCAUGUUGGUCUUCAGCAGCGUCUGGGUGUCAUUCAUUCCUGCCUAUCUGAGCACCAGGGGCAAAUACACAGUGGCCGUGCAGAUAUUCGCCAUCCUGGCAUCCAGCGCAGGACUUCUGAGCUGUAUCUUCAUCCCCAAAUGCUACAUUUUACUGGCGAGACCAGAGAGGAGUCACAGGGAGUAUUUAUCCAGCCAUAAGAGGUUUGGGAUUGAAAAGCUGUAAGGUCAGGUGCAGACGUGUAGUAAUUGGUUAAUAGAGCGAGGCUC